UAUUCGCUAAAGGCGCUUCGCUGAAGAUAAAAUUUAAAGAUCAAAAUGUAAAAGAGGCCGCUUCAUUACGCAAUUUCCCCUAGAAAGCAAACUAAAUAACAUUUUUGUUUCUUUUUGUGAAACAACUCUGAACGGAGAAAGGUCGAAAAACUUGCUGUUAGUAUGGCCUACUGUUCGGCGUACGGUUGUAAAAACAACAUUAAGUCAAACAAAGAUAAAAGCUUCUUUCUAAUGCCUAAGAAUCCUGAAGUUAGCAAAGCCUGGAUUGCCGCAAUUAACAGAACAAAGCUGCCAGCUAAAGUAUUUCUAUGCUCUGACCAUUUUGAAGAAACCUGCUUUGACCCAAGCUGGAAACUUCAGAAUGAAUUAUUUUAUAAAGAUCGUCCUUGCAAACGCCGGUUGAUUCAAAAUUCUGUGCCGACAAUUUGUUGUCAUAAGACUGCCCCUAAGGAACGUACAUCCUCCACAUCGCGAGCCAAACGAAGUCAAUCUAAAGACUUGGUGAAGUCAGCCUUGGUUGAAGAUUCUGAGCAAUUAUGUUUAAUCGAUAAUGAAGUUGAAUUUGAAGUUGAAUCCAAAUUAUCAAUUGGAAUACAGGCCAUACCAAAAACACAAACGAGUGCAACCCAAUAUAAAGAUACGUCAGUACGAAGUACAUGUACACAAACGUUGUGUUCUGUAGCAGAUGCGCAAACGCAAACCCAAGUAGCUGUUGUACAUGCUUCUUGUCAAACUGAAAAUGAAACGGACACAGAUAACGGUAUGGCUUUCGACUUUAUUUCAUUUUCAUGCUUAACCGAAGUGGCAAAUUAUUUUGUAAUUUUUAAGAAUGUAUAUGUUUUCAGAUUCAAAUUGUACUGAUUCCUCAUUUAA